AGAAAAGUUCAAAGAAUUUUAGACAUAAAUUAUAUGAAAAUAAUAAGAUACAGCCUUCAAUUCAUGGGCGGGUGGCCCAGUAGACUACUGGGCGAAAAUGUGUCAAAGUUUGAGCACAUCCACAUACUACACUUAUCUGUUCUAUCUGUUAUAUGUCUACCGUCUAUGUUACUUUAUUUAAAAAGAAACAUUGGAGUAAUUGAUUUUCUUGAUUUGGGCUUCUCCUACAUAACCUGUUCUCUUAAUUUAUUUGCUACAUUUCGACUGUUUGUGGUAUUCCGUAAAAUUUACGGAGAUCUUAUGGUCGACUUUAUUCAUAAAAUACAUAUGUUUCAUCAAAAGGAACGGUCUGAGUAUGCGAUGUCGACGAAUUUAAAAGUUCACAGACUGUCACAAUUUUACGCAAUAUACGUAAACGUUAUGUUAGUCUUUGGGAUUCUUUUCUACAAUGUCACACCGAUUUAUAAAAACAUAAAGUCUGGUGCAUAUAGUAAUUACAAAACAGAAAAUGUGACGUUUGAACACUCUGUCAACUACAUAUUUCCUUUUGAUUGUACACGCAAUAUCAAAGGUUAUGCCGUUGUGUUCGUAUAUAAUUGGUACAUUUCGUAUAUUGUUUCCUCUAGUGUACUAACUUUUGAUUUGUUGAUGUCGUUGCUGAUUUUUCAUGUAUAUGGACAUAUACAAAUAUUGAUCAAUAAUCUAAAAAAAUUUCGGAGACCUUCGUUUGAACUUAAAGUCGGUAGUAUAGAGAGUAAAAUGUACUCCAAGGAAGAAAUGAAACUUGUUACCAAUGAUCUACGAAACAUUGUCAUACACCACAAACUUAUUAAAGACUUUAUAGAUACAAUGACGGAAUCUUUUGGUUAUAUAUUAUUUUUAUAUUACGUAUUUCUUCUCGCAGUAGGAUCUGCAUUACUCUUAGAAUGUUCUCCAAUGAACGGGGAAGCCUUGGGCCGCUACGGCAUCAUGACAUUGGCGAUUUUUCAACAACUAAUUCAACUGUCAGUCAUAUUUGAGUUAUUAGGAAUUUCGAGUGACAAGUUAUGUGAUGAAGUAUACGGCUUGCCUUGGGAGUAUAUGGACACAUCAAAUAGAAAGAUUGUCAAUAUAAUUCUUUUGAACAGUCAAAAAUCACUAUCUAUUAAAGCAUUGGGUAUAGUUCAAGUUGGAGUACAAAGUAUGGUUACGGUAGUAAAAACAUCAUUCUCUUAUUUCAUAAUGUUGAAAUCGUUCACGGGAUCAGAAAAUUAGCACUUCAAUAAGAUAUUUUUAUAACCUUCAAAAAUCAGCACGUGCAAUAAACAUUAUGUCACACAAAAUAAAUACACAAUAAAAUUUUAAAUACAAA